AAAUGUCUAUUCCAGUCAGCAUGAGCUUAUCCGCUGUUGGGGUUGUUGGUGCCGUCAACGAAUGUGUCACUUUGUUUCAAUGGGCCAAAUCUGCCAUUCCCUCUCUUUACUCCCGAUGGAGUGGCUCACAGGAGCAAAUUCUCCAGGACCAUGUGUUGCAGUUGGAGAGUGGCCUACAACGCCUCAGGGAUACCCUUCCUGCAAUGUACGACCUCGUUAAUAAAGCAGAGUGGAGAAGCCACGAACAUGUUGUGGCCAAGCUCCUUCCUAAUCUCAAGGAUGCAGUGGCUGAGGCCGAGGACCUUCUUGAUGAGUUUGGAUGGUACGAGAAGAAGGUACAAGUGGAGGGCAAUGCAAGCCAAUCUUCUUUCAUUGACUUCUUUCAUACUGCCGUACAAGGCAGCUUCAACAAACUGAAUGAUGUCCAAUUGAGGUUGAACCAUCUUUCAAGUCAGCUGGAGAAUAUGGGGCUCCGUGGAGUUACACGAUGCUUUGACAAAAUAGUCAGGCCGGAGACCACAUCUUUUCCAAAUGAAACAAAAAUAUUUGGUCGUGACAAGGAACUAAAGCGCUUACUGGGAUUUCUCAAUGUACCUGCAAUUUCAAAACGCAAGAGGGCAACUAGUUUGGCAAGCACAUCAGCAAGCAAUCAUGUUGGUAAUCAAUCGAGAAUAUUGGGUCUUCAUGUUUUGCCAAUUGUUGGAAUUGGUGGUGUUGGGAAGACUACCUUGGCCCAACAUAUUUGUAGUCAUCGACGAGUGAAAUCUCACUUUGACAUGAUAAUUUGGAUUUGCGUCUCAGAUGACUUUGAUGUGAAGAGGUUAACUAAAGAGGUAAUACAAUCAUGUACUAGAAAUGAGGCAAAAACUGAUAAUUUGGAUUCUCUUCAACGUGAUCUCUCUAACCAUGUGAACAAUAAGAGGUUAUUGAUAGUCCUCGAUGACAUGUGGGAUGAUGCCUUGAAGGAAAAUGGGCAGUGUUGGAAGAGGUUUUGUGCACCUUUUAGAAGUGCCCAACAUGGAAGUGUGAUGUUGGUCACGACUAGAUGUCCAAAUGUUACCGAGGGGGUGCGCACAAUGGAGCCCAUUAUAGUUGAAGGUCUGAAGGACGACGUCUUUUGGAAUUUCUUCAAAUUGUGUGCGUUUGGAUCUGAGGGUUCUAAUAACGAUCCUGAGUUAGAGAGCAUUGGUAGAAGUAUACUUGCUAAACUAAAGGGUUCACCUCUGGCCGCCAAAACUCUAGGACGCAUGUUAAGCAUGGACCUUCAAGCAUCACAUUGGAAUUCUAUACUCGAGAGUGAACUGUGGGAGUUGAAACAAGAGGAGACUGACAUUUUGCCUGCACUUCGGUUGAGCUACAUGUACUUACCACUCUACCUGAAGCAAUGCUUUGCAUUUUGUGCUGUGUACCCUAAAGAUUACAGAUUUCAUAAGGCACGCUUAGCUGAAAUUUGGGUGGCAGAAGGUUUUGUGGAUCCUCGGUGUGGUGUUCCAAUUCAAGAUAUUGGUUGCCAGUAUUUUGAAGACCUUGUAAAACGAUCCUUCUUUCAAAUAAUUAGUAGUAGAUAUGUAAUCCAUGACUUGCUACACGACAUGGCACAAAUGGUUUCAAAGCAGGACUGCUGCAUCUUAAGAAAUAGGAGUGACUUGGAUAAAGUUCCCCAGAAUGUUCGUCAUCUCUACGUACUCCCUAGCAGUGAGUUUGAUGAUUCCAGCUUGUUAAAGCUAUGCAAUUACACAAAGUUGCGUACCCUAAUUUGCAAGAAGGAUUUAAAGAGAAAAACAGGCUUUGUAAUGGGCGAAUGGUGUACUAAACUUCUGUGUAUGCGCGUGAUUUCUUGUGACUCCACAAAUGAGUUACCAGAUAAUAUUGGCAAUUGGAAGCAUCUUCGGUACCUUGAAAUCAACAAAGCUCGCCCUCUGAAGAAAAUCCCUUCAACUUUUUGUUGGCUUUAUCAUCUUCAAAUUUUAUAUGCCAAGAAUUGCAGGCUAGAAUGCUUGCCCGAUGACUUUGGUAAACUGAUUAGUUUGCAGAAGUUUGAAUCAGUUGGAUUAACAUAUUAUGAUGGGUGUCGCAUGUAUCUUGGUCCAGAUAACAAGUGGAGAAAGAUUACGUUAAUGAAGAAUCUGAACCAAUUCCGUGGGCACUUGGAGCUUAUUGAUGUGCACUUGCUAAGUAAAGAUCAUGCCGCAGAACUAAACCUGAAGAAUAAGAAAUAUCUUGAUGAGUUGAAACUGAAUAUGCGGGAGGAUCGUCCCACAGGUUUCCCUGAGUCUGAUAUUGAGUUUGAUAUCGACAACAAUGAUGUCGAAGUGCUUGAAGUUCUACAGCCUCCUAUCAGUCUCAAGUCUUUGUUCCUCCAAAACUAUGACGAUAGCUGGCUCCCAAGUUGGUUUCAACCACAUAACCUACCAAGAUUAACAUCACUUACUGUUGUACAUUGUUUUCAACUCGAGAGCAUAUCACCUCCUGCAUCACUUGAGAAAUUGGUGAUCAAUGAUUGUCCAAACCUAGUUUCAAUUGGUGGAGCAAAGGCACUUGCAAGAAUAAAGACCGUCGAGAUAUCCAUGUGUCCAAAGUUAAAGGAAGCGGAGCAGAUCAAUACAAUAUCCCACCUAAGGUAUUUACCUAACACUCAGUUCCUGUCCAGCUUUACUACCCUUUUGUUCGAAAUUCCCAAUAGUCCCAAAUUGCUUUACUGA